UCGUUUAGUCUCAACACUCUCCCCCCCCCCCCCCCCGUAAUCCCAGCAAUCCCUCCCUCCACUCUGGCCCAUUGCCUUCCCCCUCGUUGUCAGCUUUACAACCGAUAUUUUUAUUGAUACGACUCGAGGCACGUGGAGGAGAAGAUCGCGGGGUGUAGUUGUGGCUCGGAGAGUGAGAGAGGGUGCAUAAUUCUGCAGAUUGCAUCGACGGAGAGGCCGAUUUGUGGUUUGGAGCUCCAAGGGUGGUGGCUGGUCUCGUCUGGAGUGAGGGCGACAGCGCAAUAAUUUGUAAUCACCAGCACUGUUCAUCUGUUUGAGAAUACGGUCCUUCCUCGAUUUCGCCCUUCAAAUUCACUCGCUUUGAGGCGUCGUUCACAGCUGGGAGGCCCAGGCACCAUGAUGACGAUGCGUACUCUACCAGGCCUGGCCUCUCCUAAUCUCGAGCGCCUGUCUUGUCGGGGCAGCUCCUCAAGCUCAGCAAUCGCUCGAAGUCAGUAUGGAAUCACUCGUUCACAAUCUUCCAGGGUGCAAGCUGUGGCAAAUACCACAACGCUGAAGACAACAAUCAGUCUUAGCAAGUUGAGCUUCAACCCGUUCCUGGCUGGUGAGUCACUAGGUGUGAGCUCCUCUACAAAAGUGGGUCCAGCCAUGAAGAGGGCACAGGUAUACAGAAUAUCUGCUCAGGCCGCUGAUGCGGGUGCUUCUGACGCAUUUCCGGAAGGAACACCGGAGGUCGGCAAUGUCGAGGUUGCGAAGCCCGUAAUGGGGCGAGUGAAGAUUGGAAUCUACUUCGCCACUUGGUGGGCAUUGAAUGUGGUAUUCAACAUCUACAACAAGAAAGUGCUGAAUGCGUUUCCAUUCCCAUGGUUGACAUCCACUCUAUCCCUUGCAGCCGGUUCAGCCAUCAUGCUUAUUUCAUGGGCACUGCGGAUUGUGCCUGCACCAGACGUGGAUGCUGACUUCUGGAAAGGCCUUGCUCCGGUGGCAUUGGCGCACACGAUUGGGCACGUGGCAGCGACUGUGAGUAUGUCGAAGGUUGCAGUGUCAUUCACACACAUCAUCAAGAGCGCAGAACCCGCAUUCAGCGUGGUCAUUCAAAGAUUGUUGCUGGGAGAGCACUUCCCAGUGCCAGUGUACCUGUCUUUGUUGCCUAUCGUUGGUGGUUGUGGUUUGGCUGCUGCCACAGAGCUUAACUUCAACAUGACAGGAUUUGUGGGAGCCAUGAUUUCGAACGUUGCGUUCGUCUUCCGUAACAUCUUCUCGAAGAAGGGGAUGACAACCGGCAAGAGCGUUGGUGGCAUGAACUACUACGCAUGCCUGAGCAUGAUGUCGCUUGUGUUGUUGACUCCUUUCGCGCUUGCCGUUGAAGGCCCCAAGGCCUGGCAGGCGGGAUGGGAAGUUGCUAACUUGGCUAUUGGACCACAGAUUUUCUGGUGGGUGGUGGCGCAGAGUGUGUUUUACCACUUGUACAACCAGGUGUCGUACAUGUCGUUGCACGAGAUUUCGCCACUAACGUUCAGCAUUGGUAACACCAUGAAGCGGGUGACGGUUAUCGUGUCAUCCAUCAUCAUUUUCCACACACAAGUGCGGCCAGUGAACGCUGUGGGUGCUGCCAUUGCUAUAUUAGGAACCUUCUUGUAUUCCCAGGCAAAUUCUAAGUAGUCGGAGCAUUGCCGCGCCCAGAAUUCGUUAACCUGUAGUCUAGGCUCGAGCGUGUGUGUCUAAACUGUAAAGAAGGUGUUGGAUGUCAAAUUCUUUUUUGCAAUAUCUGUAUUUGGGGAUUUGGUAUGUAAGCUGAGAUUCGAGUGCGGGUAACCGCUGAUUUGAUGAAGAGUAUGUUCAUUGUU